AGCGCACUAAGAGUGAUAAAACGCUAGACCAUGCAUUAGUCGCAACACGGCGAUUAUAGAGAUGCUUUCCGCUUAGGCUCAGCCUCGCGCGUCCCAAUAACAAAUCCACACAUUGCCCCAACUCUGCCACACUCUAAUACCCCUGGGCACUACAUCUACACCAGCCUUCACGGUCAAAUAUUACGGAACGCGGCAGUUAUUGAGAUCGAAGUGCAAGAUGCUUCACCAAGACGCAGAAGGGGCUAUACAGCCAACUCGCACUGGCAAGCCUCUGGGGAACAGCAGCACAGACGAGGAAUCCGAAAUAGAAGAGCUCAAAGAGAUCUCUCCUGAGGCUAUCACGAUAGCUAUCUUUUGUGCUUUAUCCUAUGAGGUUGUCGCAGUGAAGUACAGUCUCGACGAAGAAUUCCGAUGUCGUCCCAUGGCCGCAGGCCCCCAGAAAUACAUCUCUUCCUUUGGUCGCAUAGGGAGCCAUAGUCUCGUUAUCGCUCGACCCUCUCAAAUGGGCACUGUGAGCGCCGCCCAGUGUGCUGCAACUGUUAGCCAUCAGUUUCCCAAUGUACGCUUUGCAUUGAUGGUCGGCACUGGUGCUGGUAUCCCCAAGCUUCCCAGCCGUGACAUUCGUCUAGGCGAUAUUGCUGUUAGUAUUCCCCAGGACAAUCACCCGGGUGUUAUACAAUAUGAUUUCGGAAAGUAUGAGGGGGAUAGAUUCGUUCUUAAAGGGUCUCUCAAUAAACCCCCGUCGAUUUUGAUCAGCGCAGACGGAUCUUUGGAAGAGGACGAGAUGAUGGGCCGAAGCCCACUCCGGAAUAUUUUAAGGAGUAUCACAAAGAAGUCUGGAUUUAAGCGACCAGACACUGGCGACAAUCUUUUCAAGGAGGAUUUCCACCAUACCGAGAAAGGUAAUGACUGCACUGAAUGUCUUGCAUCCGGUACUGCGAAACUUGUUCUUCGUGAUAUACGCUGUCGAAAGGAUCCUAUAGUUCAUCGUGGCCUUAUUCUUUCGGGGAGCGGCAUCGUCAAGAACCCUCAGGAUCGGUAUCACCUAUGCCGAGAUUAUAAUAAUGCGAUUUGUUUCGAUACGGGGGCUGCCGGUAUUAUGGAUGAAAUUCCUUGCCUGGUAAUCCGAGGAAUAUGUGAUUAUGCAGACACCCAUAAGCAGCAGGAUGGGUGGCACUACUUCGCCGCAGCGACAGCAGCCUCCUAUUGCAAGGCUGUGCUUCGCAAAUUUGAUAGCAAACUUGCAGAGAGAAUAUGCGACAUGAGGGACUCUAUCAACACAGGGACAACGGCAAUACAAGAAAAUCAGCUGUAUGUCACUCAUGUUAUUCCAUUAUAACGAACUUCAACGCUGAUAAUGCGAAGUAAGAUCCAAGGAGCAGCGCAAGAGAUAGCCAAAAAGAAUGAUCUGGCAUGCCUUCCAAGGACGAGGUUUGAGCUUCUUCGGCAAAUCCAACAGUGAGCAGGACCAACGGAAGGAAAUACAUAUUCUGGUUACAAGGCACGGUAGCUACUGGGAAAUUGACGGACACCCGAACUGUAGCCAACAAUGUCGGCAACAAAUCGUUGCUCGGAGCAAGUCUCCUUUACUCGAGGUGGGCAAGAUCAACAUAAAGCUGUUUCCGACACUCAUACAGCAAC